AUGUCCUCUCUUGUCAGUCUGUGGGAAGAAGAGUCGAUUAGACUUACGUUGCCGCUGGGCAGCGUCGUUGAUCGGAAGCAUUCAGAGGUGGCGAAGAAUGGUUCCGUUUCUUGGUACAGCGAGCUGUUGAGACUCCAUCAGCUGGUGCAGGAAUGCGCGGAUUCAGUCGACGUUCCAAAAUUUCCCCCAAAAUACUAUCUGCCGUUUUUCACUUCCAGAAAACUGGAAGAGCGGCGGGAAAUGCUACAGGACUAUCUGAGAUCCAUUUUUCAGUGUCCGAAUCUGGCUUCCUCUCUUCCCGUGCUGCGGUUCUUUUUGGAAGCACAGAAGAAUAGCUGUUCGCGGGAGAAGCGCUUGCGCGAGAUCCUGCCGGUGUACUUGCUGGAUGGGUUGAAGGUGGACGUUACCUGCCGGUAUGGCGAGUGCACCAGUGCGGUUCUGAAGACGUUUGCAGUUGUCCGAUGGCUGAAGGAUUUCGAGUGCCCGUUGCUGUCCUUGCACAGCUGUCCCGAAGAUGCUGCGAAAAAGCGGGUGGUGAUACGGAAAUGUUUUUGGCACAGUCCGACAAAGCAAGAUCUGCUGGAAGACGAUGGCUGCCUUCGGAUUCUCUUUGCGCAGGCUGCCGCGGAAUUGCGGUUUUGGAAACUCAGCGGCGGAAGUUUGAACUUUGGUCCUGCAAGUGCGGCAUGGAGGCAGGUUGAUGUUAAAUUGGUUGAUCGGAUUUACCGCUGUUGUGGCGAGGUGCCGAAAUCUGAGGUUGGCGGUGACGUUUCCGUUCAAAUGCUGUAA